AUGAAUUACUAUGCGUAUCGUAUGAUGAUUCGUACACAUGAGGAGAAUGUCAUUCUGAAGUGCGGUCGGCUAUUCCAGCAAUUCGCUGUCGACAUGUAUGUCAAAGUGGAGACCGAACGUUUAGCGUUCAUCAGAUUCAAUCAGCCAAAGCUACGAUCUGAGGACUAUAUACACUUGCGUGAUGCUAUUCAUUCAGAUGGUGAUGUUCAGAAUAUUGGACGACUGACGGUUCUCCCAUCAACUUAUAUCGGAAGCCCACGCCACAUGCACGAAUACGCUCAAGACGCUAUGACGUACGUGCGAAAUUAUGGAACUCCGGAUUUAUUUAUUACGGUCACAUGCAAUCCGAAGUGGACGGAAAUUGAACGCGAGUUGGAACCGGGUCAAAAACCGCAAGAUCGCCAUGACAUAAUCGCCGGAGUAUUUCAGCAAAAACUCAAGGUUAUGAUGGAUGUGCUUACUAAGUAUCGAGUUUUUGGUGACACACGUUGUUAUAUGUACUCGGUGGAAUGGCAGAAGCGUGGACUACCGCAUGCUCAUAUCCUAAUUUGGUUGCUGAACAAAUUACAUUCAAAUGAAGUGGAUGACAUCAUAUCAGCUGAAAUUCCUGAUCCAGUCACUGAUCCCCGUCUACACGACAUUGUGACGACGCAGAUGGUGCAUGGACCGUGCGGUGCAUUAAAUCCAUUAUCGCCUUGCAUGGCUGAUGGAAAGUGCACAAAACGAUAUCCGCGACCGUUAGUUGCUGAAACAGUCACAGGGAACGAUGGAUAUCCAGUUUAUCGUCGGCGUUCAAAAGAAGAUAACGGUCGAACUAUCAAAGUUAAAGUUCAAAAUCAAGAGAUUGAGAUCGGAAAUGAAUUCAUUGUACCAUAUUGCCCGCUGCUAUCACGAAUUUUCGAAACACAUGCAAACGUUGAGAGUUGUCAUUCGGCCAAAUCAAUCAAAUAUUUGUGCAAGUACGUCACAAAAGGCAGCGACAUGGCUGUGUUUGGUAUUGCGUCGGAAAAUGUGAAUGACGAAAUCAGCAACUUCCAAAUGGGCAGAUACGUCAGUACUAAUGAAGCACUGUGGCGAUUAUUGUCAUUUCAAAUUCAUGAAAGAUAUCCCACAGUUGUACAUUUAGCAGUGCAUUUGGAAAAUGGCCAAAGAGUUUACUUCACUGAGGCUAAUGCGGCACAACGAGCUGAGAGACCACCAUCGACAACAUUGACUAGCUUCUUUGCAAUGUGUGAAGCAGAUCCAUUCGCAGCGACGCUGAUGUACCUUGAAAUGCCCAAGUAUUACACUUGGAAUCAAUCAACAAAGAAAUUCCAACGUCGCAAACAAGGAACCCCAGUUCCAGACUGGCCACAGGUUUAA